CCUUGGUGACGAGCUGGAGUACCGCCUGACGCGAUACCUGAUGGCCAACUACGACCCUUCGGUACGCCCUGCACGGAAUUCCUCAGAGGCCUUGUCGGUGGUCUUCGGUCUCUCCCUUCACAGCAUCAUUGAUGUGGACGAGAAGAACCAGAUCCUGACCAACUGCUGGCUGACGCAGGUGUGGACAGAUGCCCACCUGACGUGGAACGCCUCCGAUUUCGGGGGGGUGCGUGUCAUCAGGGUCCCUUACCACAGAGUCUGGAAACCGGACAUAAUCCUAUACAACAACGCAGACUCGCAAUACAGCUCGGCCACCAUCAACACCAACGUUAUCGUCAGUUCGUCGGGAUCUGUGACAUGGCUCUCACACGGCAUAUACAGAUCGUCGUGCGAUAUGAAUGUCGAGCACUUCCCUUUUGAUAUCCAAUUCUGCAAGCUGAAGUGGGCUUCGUGGACGUACGAUGGUCACCAGGUAAGGGCGCUAUCUGAGAUGAGAGACACUGAGACGCUGCUGUUCUACGUUCCGAGCGAAUCCGGGGAGAAGGUGACCCUGGGGAUCUCGUCCCUUUUAUCUAUGACUGUUUUUCUCAUGACGAUCCGGGAGAGCCUCCCCCCGACGGAGAAGACGCCUCUCAUCAGUAUGUACUACGGCGUUACAAUCUGCCUCGUCAGCUUCGCCUCUGGGCUGUCAGUGCUGACGCUGAACAUACACCACCGGGGAAUCAGAGGGCUGGAGGUUCCCACUGUGGUCAUAAAAGUAGUUUUAGGAGGAAUGGCCCGACUCGUCUUCCUCCAUUUUGAGCUCCCGACGUCUGUCAAGGAUGAUAAGACCAUCCUACAAAACGAUUUAAGACCCGAACCCUGCGGUCGCACGGACUCGAUGAGCAUGGAAAAAAUCCACAUCCGCGAGUUAGAUGUGACAGAUAACUUCCGCAUGUCACCGAGAUCUGCCCAGAGGAAGCAAAUGGGUCCCAACAACGAUACCCCGACAGCCACGCCUACAGCAACACAGGUCACAGAGUUCGAGCAGCACUUCGUCCGCGUUCUGAACAAGGUCUACCAGACGAUCGAGAAGAACGAGAUGCGUCUCGGAGAGCACGACAGACGGGAGGCAGUUAGGGUCGAGUGGCAACAGGUGUCCCUGGUGUGCGAUCGCGUCCUCCUGGCCUGCUUCUUGCUGUCGACAGUCAUAGCGACGACGACUAUACUAUUUUCCUCGCCCCACGGUCCUUGACAACAUCUCUGUCGCGUUUCUGUUUCUAGCGGAGUCAGCGAAACGAGAGGAAUGAAACCUCGUCCGGAAAAUUCUCUCGAGAAAAUGGAGAAGCGAAACGUCUGGGCGGCCACACAUCUAAUUGUCUAAGAAGUCGUUAAGUGUCACAGCCGGUGGGGCCCCUCCCCCCCGAGGGCAUAUCAUCUUCAGCACUGGAAAUCCUAUAAUAUCGACCUGAUUUUUGUUUGUUCAUUUAUUCAUUUCAUUGAAGCUUCUUAGAACCUAUGUGAUUCCAUUUUCUAAACAAUGCUAACUGUUCCGUGAAAUCGAAAUGUCAAGCGUGGAACUGGGAGAUGGAUCCUUCCU